AUGGAACCCCUUGGUGCUUUCGCCAGUGUUGCCACCAUCGUAGGGUUAAUAAGACCGACGGCCAAGUUUGUCAGGUCCCUCAAAGGAAUCACCUCUGACGACGGCCAUGUCGCCAAAGAGAUUGAAAGAAUGGCGAGCGGAAUACAGGCAUCGGCUAGCAGUAUAGACGUUUCUAUAGAAGCGCUCAAAGGCCACGCCUCAAAGAUUGAGAAAAUGCAGCGAGCACCGUCAGAAGUCAUACAGCACAUUAUUGACAACAAGUCCAUAGACAUUAUCGUUUCUAAUACAGAAUCCAUCAGAAAGCAAAUGAGGGAUACAACACGCGACCUCAACGAUACGAAUAAUCGAUACAAAAUCUUGAGAAAGAUCAGCUGGCUUUUGCUGGAUAAAAUGGAAGUUGAAUCAUUAUUUCCCGAAAUGCAGCUCGUCGCGUCUUGUCUCAACCUCGUUUGUCCAAUCAUCGGACUGGAGAUAAAUAGAUACCUACUCAAUAAAUCCUCCGGCGAGGUGGCGGAGUGCCUGAAGCAGGAGAUAGAAUCCCUGAAGGGCCAGUUAAAACUAGUCGAGAAACAAUAUCAAAGUACAAUGAAGGGCCUGUGGUCAAGUAGAACCGGAGAGUCAGACUUUGACGCUGCGACGAAAUCACUUUUCUACUUAUCACAGAGUGUACGACGAACGAGUUCGACACCCCAACCUGACAGAGUACCUGGCGAUCGAAGGUCACCUGUCCUAGAGGCAACAUUUCUGAGCCCAGCCUCCUCUCGCACCCCACAGCCGUCCCCGAGAUCAAGGCGUCCUAAGCCUCAUAGUCUUACAGUGCCUUCCGAAGUCCCAUCGGAGGCAACACGGCAUACAUCCAGUAGCCCUGAGUCUUCUCGAACUCACUCAGCUCCCCCAUCACCAUCGCCACAGACUCCAGACACGCCUCUGACCCCGCAAAGCCCUGAUACGCCCAAGUCACUGAGAAUAGACACAUCGGCACGUGAGAGCGAGUCGCGCGGGGGAACCGUCCAGGCAAUUCCAGGGUACAUACUCAACCCACGAGACCAUGGGAAAGCUAACCCUGUAAAAAUCGCCAAAAGCAAUCAUCGCGUCUUCCUUAAUUAUAUGUCAGUCAAAACAGCGAAUCAAUUUGGCCUUGAAAUCCAGAACCUGGACCCUAGAGAACCAAAUCCCACGCAUGACGACAGGCACGAAGUGGUAAUGCCAGGGCCGGUGAUCGGUAAGGUUACAGGUGUAAGAUGGAGAAAAACGGGUUGGAAAAAGGCCAUACCAAUCGAGUUCCUGGUCAAAGAUUGCUACCACGGUAGCAAGCGAGAAGAUAUCGUGCUUGGGACGAUAUUUGCCGACAACUUGGACGCGGCUGAGAGAGUUGGAGAAUGA